UCACUGACAUGACGUCAUCUGGAGGUGUGGGGGUCCAAAGAUGCCCCGCGGUGCGGAGCGCGCGGCAUUCAGUGCGCGAGACACAGGUGGAAGACGGUGAUAUCAACUUGCCGACUCUGACUUUCAACUUCCCCGCAGUUUCUCUGUCGUUUUGUCGGCAUGUGGGCGCGAGUUGUGCUGUGCGCGGCUCUACUGUCGCUCCUGUGUCCGGGCGGCUCGACGGAAGCCGAGAGGGACGAGAGAGAAGUGCAGGACUACCGCUCCAACCCCAACAGACUGCUCGGAGCACUGCAUGAGGUUUUGGAGAAGCUGCAGACGAAGAGGAUCAAUCCCUGGGAGAAGAAAUACGGACAGGUUCCUUCUUGUGACCUCGGCGAGCACUGCGCCAUCAGGAAAGGAUCUCGGAUCGGGAAGAUGUGCGACUGUCCCAGAGGAGCUUUCUGCAACUUCUUCCUGCUGAAGUGCUUAUGAGCCAAAACAGGAACAAGUCCAGACUCUGUAAGGAGCCUUCGUGUGUGGAAUCAAUGUGUCUGAAUUAAAGAUGUUUUUUGCUUUAAACUCCUCGACUCCACACUUCAUUUUACCGGCCAAUUUUUUUUAC